CUGGCUUAUUUUGUUUAAAUCUGGAUAUCUGGAAUUGGAAUCUGGAUUACCAAUAAUAAAAGAAUGACUCUCGUAGAUAAAAUUUCACUAGAACUUGGCGCUCAAGAACCAUGGCCAAAAGAUGUAAAGUUCUUUCAACCCCACGAAGUAGAACAGGUACUAUUACCAGACAACGCUAACUGCUUAGCCACUCAAGCUUUUCUAAAAAUGUGUCAGUUACCUUACAUCGUGGAACCAAGGCCCAAUGCAGAAGCCAUGUCUCCUACUUUAAAAGUACCUUUCAUAAAAGCAGGCAGGUUUGUAAUAGCCGAACUCGAAGGUAUUGUUCAGUUUGUUAAUGGCAAAGGGAUUACUUUAACUGAACCCUUGGAUUCUGACCAAAAAUCGAAUAUGCGGGCUUAUAUGUCUUUAAUACACAGUGUAUUGGAAAUGGCUGAGUUGUAUAUUUGUUGGGUAGAUGAUGAAACGUAUAAUGAGGUGACAACUGCUAGAAAUGGUUCAGUUUAUCCGUGGCCAUUGAAUCAUAUUCAGAAUAGAAACAAACGUAGUCAAGUUAUUAAAAAGUUGAAAACUUUAGGAUGGUACAAUAAAAAAUUGGAAGAUGUUUAUUCAGAGGUAGAAACCUGUUGCGAGUCCCUUCAAACUCGUUUGGAUGGUAAAAGAUUCUUUUUUGAGCAUGGACCAACCGAACUGGACGCUCUUGUAUUCGGACAUCUCUUCACGAUUCUCACAACUCCUUUGCCAAGGAGUGAUUUAGCCAAUAUUGUUAGGAACUAUCCUUCCUUGAUUGAUCUAGUGAAAAGGAUCGAAAAGGAGUAUUUUAAAAAAGCUGCUCAACAAUAGUUCAACUAUGUUAUUAGGUACUUAAUUAACUAUAUUUUAGUAAAAAGUUUAAAUAUUUAUUAAAGAUUAUUUGUUUUAAA